ACGGCGCCGUAGCAGCGCUUAAAAUUACGGCGCCAAAGCCAAAAAGCGGCAGCGCAACCAAUGCCGGCAGCCACAGAGAACGGCGUUAGCGACACAAAACGGCGGCAGCGACAAGCAUCGGCGGCGUAACAAAUAGCGCCAAAUAUGUACAUGGUACAAUGCAGACGCAGACAAAUACGGCGCCGCAUUGCUGCCAACAGACGCAGGGUACACACAGUAUCCAUGGCAGCGCUCGUCAACAAGCUCCUAUUGCUGCUCAGUUAUUGGGAAAGAAGAAGGAGAGCCCGCGUCGUCACAUCAUCGCUGGAAGUCGUCGUCGUUGGAUGGCUGCAGGCAUUGGUGCUGGGCCGUGCGAUCGUCGAGGGACAGCCGGCGCCAUCGUUGCCUACCCAGGCAUGGUGUCGGUGGCUGCAGCAGGGCUGCUGUAUUGCCCCACUAGCAGGCCAGCAAGGGCAAGGAGCCGUCAUCGAUGGAUCAGGAUCUCAACAGGAGUAACGGGGUUGGAUGAGGAACUUCUAUUUUGCUGGAAGCCGCGUGGUGUUGUGCUGUGGCCAAACAAAUGGAUGCAAGUUGGCCAUCCAAGUGGCACUCAGGAUGCAAGGAGAAACGAAGGAGUAUUCUAAGGA